AUGUAUUUAUUUGUGUUAGUGUGCAUCGGAUAUGCGCACGCGCAAAGCGUCACCGUAGUGCAGCUUAACCUCCCAUACGAUGAGAUCUACUCGCUGGAGCUUAAUAGUACAGUGGAGUACAUUCUAGACUUUACACCAAGCGCAGGUGUUACUCGUGAUGCUCCACGUGUCGUAUGGGCGCGCGUCGAGGGCGGAGAUGGUUCGCGACCCGUGCUCGUUACUGCCCGGCAGCGCGCAGGUGCUGAGACAUGGCAACUACCUUACGAGGUGAAUCGACGCAAAUUGUUCGAGCUGGAACGUACACUUUGUCCUGAUGACGCACAUCUAGACACGACAGUGACCGAGCAACGCAGCUCUUACUCGUUGCACGUGUCGACGUCUAGUUCUACGAGCGUAGCAUUUCACGUACGCGUAUCUAUAGCUCAGGCGUGGCGUCUCGACGCACCUACCGCGCUCUUUGCCACACAGUUUGCUCCCCGCGUGCUUUCAUACCAGUUCAAAGGCGAAGAGAAUCGCGUGCGGCUUGUCGUUUCUUCUGAAAGCGAGCUGUGUGCUACACUAUCCCUUCAAAACUAUUCGUGUCCUAUUGCGCAGACGAUAGACUCGACAGGAAUGACUGCUGAGCCGCGAUUAACAAUGAUGCUUUCAGGAGCUAUGUCGAUUGCGCGAUCGCAAUACCCCAACGGAUUUUACGUGGUGUUAGUGGUACAUGCAACAGAUGAGGCGUGUCUAAGCGAAAUGCCCAUAGAACCACGGGCUGAGAAAUUGUGGGAGGCAUCGCUGGCCGGAGAAUUGCCAUCCUACUUGCUGCCUCACGCCCCAGACCCUAUCGAAAGACGGAAGGACUUUCUGGUGUCCAUACAGAGUGCACUCAGUCGACAGCAAUACGUAGUAGCUGCAACAGUGACGUUAGCAAUAUUCCUCUCAUUUUACGUGGCAUUCGGAGUUUUGGUGGUGGCCCAGCGCUGGUCACCUUUCGCGAAGCUCGUCGCUCCCCAAGCAGUGCUGGCGGACAACACUUCACGGUCUGGCAUAGAAGCCCAACACGAGCAAACACUGUCUGACCCAGCUGCAUCUCCCCAAGAAACGUCUCGACGACUCUCAACGAACACAUAUGACCGAAAUGAUGAUAGCGACUCCGAAGACGACGAGCUUGCUACUACGACGACGGCUGUGUCUGCUCCCGGCGCAGGUCCUGAUCCUGCUUCAGUUACUGGAGCUGGAGUACAGGGUCCCUUCGGUUUACCGGCGAGAUUGCGCGUGGCAGCACUAGCACGGCAGCGCGAGCGCACGAUACGGGCGCGGUCUGACCGCUAUCUGUACACAUUGUACACUGUGGCCGUAUUCUACGCACUGCCCGUGAUCCAGUUCGUGAUCGCGUUUCAAGUUGUCAUGAACGUGUCCGGCUCGCUUGAUAUCUGUUACUAUAAUUUCCUUUGCGCACAUCCAGCUGGUGCUCUUGGCGAUUUUAACCACGUGUUCUCAAAUCUUGGUUAUUUAUUGCUCGGAGCGCUGUUUAUGCUGCAAGUACGACGUCGUAGGGCACGCCGUCGACGCCUGCCACGUGACCCGAAUUAUGGUAUACCGGCUCACUAUGGGCUUUUAUCAGCUCUAGGUGCGGGAAUGAUGGUGGUGGCGAUCCUCUCCGCUUCGUACCAUGUCUGCCCUAAUCGCCUUAACUUUCAAUUUGACACGGCAUUCAUGUACGUGCUAGCAGUCCUGAGCACGAUAAAGAUAUAUCAAGCAAGACAUCCUGAUAUCAACGCGAGGGCACAUGCAACUUUUGGAGUGUUGGCAGUCAUCAUCGCCUUUGUGGUUUGGGGAGUAUUGGGCGGCGGCAGAGUUUUCUGGGGCGUAUUCACGGUGUUACACGUCUUCACGUUUCUACUGCUCUCGCUACGAAUAUACUACGUGGGACAACUGCGCUUUGAAAAGCAGUCGCUGGCAGCGGCGGCAAGUGAACUACGGAGUGGCGCCAGGCCUUUGUAUGGGGCCCGGCUCCUGCUGCUUCUCAUAGCAAAUGCUGUAAACUGGGCUUUCGCCAUAUAUGGUCUGAUCCGGCAGGGUAGUGAUUUUGCGUCCCACAUGCUGCAAGUACUUCUUGGGAACACACUGUUGUACAUGAUUUGCUAUCUCGCUAUGAAGUUAGUGGUCGGAGAACGCGUACGUUGGUACGUAUGGGUGCUAUUAGCGGGCGCCACAGCCGCCUGGAUGCCGGCACUGUUCUUCUUCUUGUCUGGAAGUACCAAUUGGGCUGCCACACCGGCCGCUUCUAGACACAGCAACCACGAAUGCAAGGUACUAGAAUUCUACGACUAUCACGACUUGUGGCACCUUCUAUCAGCAGUGGCGCUUUACCUUUCUUUCAAUACCAUGCUCACGUGGGAUGAUGGCUUAUCCGCUGUCAAGAGAACUGAGAUCGCAGUGUUUUGA